AAGUUUAAUGACUGAAUAAUAUCGGACAAUGUGGCAUUCUGUAUGAAAUCACCCUCGUGCUUGUACGCGCGCGUUUUAUUUUGAAAACCAACCACAUAGAAUUCUCCGAGCCCUGAACCAACUUGACAGACAACCUUAUGUCAUCCCGACUCAACCUCCCGUUUCACUGGAGUCUUAUCUCACCGCAUAGGUUAUUUAACAAAGAAAGGACAUUUAAUGUGUGUUAUUUUCACUCGAACUGACUGACAACAUUGUAAACAUGACACUGUAAGUUAACGUUAGCGUUUCUCAGCGCGUGCAAGUGAGGAAAACGACCGUUAUUGGAGAAACAAUAGUCUCUUUUACGUUUUAAGGGUCCGGCAUGCCGAAGGAACACCCUUUCUUGGGCGGGCACAGUUCUUGUGCUACAGCCAGCAAGAAUGCCAAAAAUAAGAGCAACCGUAUGACUCUGCUGGCAAUGCGCGAUACCAAAGACGCGGACCACUGCAGUGGGAGGGCCUCACGCUGCAGCUCCGAAAAGGACUCUGGCUACUCUGACGGGCAGCAGACGGAUGUGGAGGACCAGCGGAGCUACAAAAGCGAGUGCAGAGGCGGCGGGCGGCCAGAAACCGCACAGUCAGGACAAAAUAAAGUUCUUCGGCGCUGGGAUCCUGGAAAACUGACCCCGAUGCCAGCAGACCGCGAGCUCCCGCCCAUCUACAUCAUCAAUAACAUUGUGAUCAACCAGCCGGAAAGAGAUCAGCUGCCCCAGGGAGGCAGGGAGAACGCCCACAUGAUUCUUUUCCAGCAGCCGAGCCUGCCGCCGGCCGCUCGUCGGCUCCGCAAGCCCUCGUCCUGGAGCUCCGAUGUCCCGGGGGAGAACAUCAACAGCACUUACCUGCCCAUUCUCAACUCCUACCCACGCAUAGCGCCGCACCCCAGCAAGAAGCCGCCGGAUAAAUCGGCAUCCAACGAUGAAUCGCAGAAUCUCCGCAAGAGACCGUGCACGGAACGCGAGGCCGAGAACACACCGGUGACCAGGAGUCAACCGGAGCGGCGACGUCACGAGCGACCCAAGGCGGCGGCCUCGACCGCCGGGCCGCCGCGCUCCUCUCCGACCGCGGAUCGCCCGUCCGCCUCCGGUCCCGCGGCCGUCCCCCCAUCCGGCUCCGCUCUGCACGCCGCCUCUUCCUCCUCCGUCCUCAAAACCAGAGGUCUUCACAGGAACGGCUCCACCGGAACUCGCCAACACCGUUUCCUCAACACGGUGGAAAUCCUGCGACAAUCGGGUCUGCUGGACAUCACGCUGCGGACGCAGGAGCUGCUGCGGCAGAGCAACGCCACCGAGCGGGACAUCGCCCAACUGCGGCGGCACACGGAGCUGCUGUGCCAGGCCGUGAGCGACCCCGGCUGCAGCCGGAGCGAUAACGCAGCCUGGGAACACGUAUACCGAGCGAUGGCCGAGUCCGGCAGCUACCCCGACAUUAAAACCCCGCAAAAUGUUCCAAUUCCACGUCAUCCAGAUCGUGCCGGUCGCCCGGCGCGCGUCGACGCCAGAGGGCCGCGAGGCGCCGAGAGCUCGGGGGCGCCUUCGCCGUCGUCUCGCCGGCUCACGACAAUACCCGACUCGGACUCAGGCGGGGAUCUCCAGGCACGAGAUCAACUGCCAGAGAAAGACACCUUCAUGCCUCCUGACAGUUCUACCGAUGAGCACAGUCUGCAGGGCCUUUUUUAAAGGGAGCGCGAGUACUCAGGGCUAUUUGGGGGAUUUUCCAUGUGGCUUUAAUGGUUCAUCCCUGGUUAUUUGAACAAUGGUUCAUACCUAUUGUCCAUGUUGCAGUACGUGUUUUUUUCUUCUUCUUUUCCUUCCAGGUUUUCUUAACAUUCGACAUCAGAAUGAAGUGUUUGACGUCCGGAAGCUGAUUUAAUUCUCUCAAGUGCAAUCCAGUGUACCACUGCAGGUUUUAUAGAACCACUCAAGAUGUGUAGAGGGCCUCUGCUUGUGAGCCACUUAAAGGAUUAUGUGACAAUAAUGUGCGUUUCCCCCGGGAGGCGGAACAAAUUGGCUUACUUACACACAGCUUGCGAUACGGUAUAUAAUAUUCCGCCUGUUGAUUGUUUUCGCUCUCACGCCAGAUCAACUUGAAUCAGGGAAAAGAGGAAUAAAUCCAGCUCUUGGUAUAGAUGAAUGUUGCGAAAAUGCUUUCUUGUAAGAGAGAGAGGCCUUCAAAGCGAUGCAGGGACUUCUAUCCAAAUACUAGUCAACCAAGCCUUAAUCGCUCUUUUUCACUUGAUAUAUUGUUUUGCAUUACCACAUCGUUGUCAUAUCGUGUUCAUUUUACAAAUACAGCACACAUCAUGUUAUAGUAGAAUCAUUUUUGCAUGCGGCCACGUGUUGAGGCUGAGAUGGAGAACGCUUUGGGAAUUUGAGUGAGUGUGUUUCAGUCUGAAAGUACGUCGCUUAAGGGGUUAUCAUCAUGUGAUGAGUUCGUUAUUUGUCAUCCAUAUGUCAGAUACCACUGCCCAAGCAUUUAUGAAAAUUUUUCCAGUGUAUUUUUCAUAAUUUCAAGGUAUUUAAAUAAAGCAAUAUGAAGAAUGUA